AUGCCGGCUGCACGGAGCAGAAGCUCCAGGAGAUCUCUGAGCCCAAAGUGCCCGCGGCUCCCGCUCGUUCAAAGGGCUCCCAUGAACUCGGCCUCUGCGAGCGCUACAACGUCGGCUCUCUCAGACACCCUGAGCUCUGUAGGAAGCCCUGUCUGUUCCAUGAGCGGGGCGAGUGUGAGAAUGGCGCUGCUUGCGGAUACUGUCACUUCCAACAUCUGAGGCGACCCGCAGUGCCCGACCGAUGUCAGCGGAGUCUGAUUCGCAGACUAAGCAUCCCAGCUCGCUUUAAAGGUUGA